AUGCUUAAUUAUCAACAGCAUCAAAUGUCCGCAAUUAUGGCCACAAUGCCUGGUGAUAAUGGUGCGGCAACGGCGGCCACAACUUCUUCUGCCUCAACGUUGCACAACAGCGCUGGUGGAAAUCAACAUUUUUAUUCUUCAACAGGAUUGCAACAACGACAACUAGAACAUCAACAACAACAGCAAUCACAUCAAACUUCAUCAACCUCAUCGCCAUUGGCUGCCACCUGUUCCUUAUCAACUUCAACAUCCUUGCAACAUUUACACAACAAUAACAAUUAUGUUAACACAUCGCAGAUUUCAACAGGUUUGGCAAUGGCGACGGCUGCUGCCAGCCUUAACUCCACAACACCCACCACAACAACAUCUUCUUCUUCCCUGUCGUCACCAGUAUCGGCUGCGGCGACGGCAACAACAUCAAUGUUUCAUCCACAAUUAUGUGGCAGCAAUAGCAGCAGCAUCAACAAACCAUUGCCAUCGCCUUCAGCCUCAUUAUCAGCCAAACUUUCAAAUUCGCUGACAUUGACCACAACAUCGCCGACGGCAGCAGCGAUCUGUUCCCCAUUCCUCUUCGAUAAGGGCACCGAUAAUGUAAAACGACUGUCACCAUCACAAUCUCAUUACAAAUAA